AUGACAAGGAUUAAUAUAUUUAAGAAACUUAAGCUAUUAGAAAAAUCGAUAUAUGAUGAUUUACUCAACAAAAUUAAAGAAUUAAACUUAGAUGAUGAAACAAUGGAAAAGAUUGAACAAUUUUCCGUUAAACCAAAAAGAAAAGCUCCUGUUACACCAUUAGAAAAACAAUGUGGCAAGUUAACUAAAAAAGGAGAAAAAUGCAAAAUAGCCAUCUGUUAUAAGAAAACAUGUUGGGCCCAUCUCACUAAAGAAGAAUACGGAGUGUUGAACAUGAAUAAGAAGGAUUGCGGGGAGUGUAUGCAUAUUGCCUAA